GCCGCACGCUCACCGGCGGAAGAGGUUUUGUUUGUUUUUAAGCUUUGCUCAAGUGUGGCUACUAGUCAUGUAAUAUAAAGUGGCGUUUCCCCAUCGAUGCAUAGAAUGUCAUUUCAGGAGACUCCAACCGACAGUAAAAGUCGGGACGAAGAAAUGAGGGGGACGAAAAGAAAGAUUUCUCUGUCGAAUUGUGGUGUGUGCGGCUUCGGGGAGGCCAAAUACAAGUGUCCCGCCUGCCUCACACAUUCAUGCAGUCUGCUUUGUGUGAAGAAACACAAGGAAGAAUCAAGAUGCAGUGGUGUUCGGAACAAAACCGCCUUCCUGAACCUCUCUCAAUUUGAUGAAAUUACUCUACUCAGUGACUACAGGUUUCUGGAGGAUACAGGAAGGUUUGCUGGCGGUGCACAAAGAGACAAUCUCCUUCGUGUUCCUCAUGCUUCGAUGAGAGCGAAGAAGCUGAUAGUAAAUGCCAGAAAGAUGAACAUCACGUUGAGAACCCUCCCUAGCACCUUCACCAAGAGUAAGGAAAACUCUACCAUCUUCAAUUUUAGAGAAAAACUUUUUCUUUGGCACCUGAAGAUUGUGUUCCCACAGAGCGGUACAGAAUACAGCCAGAAAAGGGUGUGUGACAGGCUAACUCUAGAACAGAUCCUGAUGCCUUUUAUACACCCGACAGAGUCAGACCCUGUGAUACGCCAGAAGUUGAAGAGGUAUGUGCUAGCCCCAAUUGAGGAUGUCAAUGUUUUUAUGAAGGCAGAAGGAUGGAAAGCAAACGCAGUCAGGUACCACAAGAUGGACUUACAGAAGAGCCUAAGAGACAACCUGAGCUACAAGAUACUGAUUGAGUAUCCUUCACUCCAUGUGGUACUAAGCGAUCAUUGGAUGGACUUUCCAUUGAAAGGACCAGCUGAGCCUCCGUCAGCCUACGAUAAGUGUGCAACAAAGAGUGUAGCUGUGGACCACGCAAGCGAGGACCUUACCCUAUGUUCCCCAUCCCUGCAUUGCUCUCGCACAACAAGAGGCAACAUCUUGACAGAAACACAAUCCAGCCCUGAAUUAUCGCCCCCACGAGAGAAAAGAGUAAAGAGAGAAUUAGGGGAAGAAGAGCUAGAAGAGGGAGAGAUUGCAGAUAGUGAGGAUGAAGAGAAGAAGGAAGAACAUUCUGGUAAAAAUACCACAUUGAUUAAGCUAUCUGAUGGUGCCAAUAGCAAAGAUUAGCUAGUAGACAGUGUGGACAAAGAUAAUUGUGUUAACAAAAAUAUUGGCCUGGUGAUGACAGUGUGACUGCUAGAGAGAGCGCAGUGUUGAGCAUGACUGGGUACUAAGUUUGAAUGAGACUUCAGUUUGCAGAAACUUUUGACAGUCAGCUCUAAGUCUAGUCAGUAUCAAGCAGACCAGUGUAAUGUACUUCUUUUUUUAACAA